AUGUUCGUUGAAGCGUUGAGCCAGGUGUCCUUUGAGCACUUGCCUCAUAUAGUACUUGGAACAGUAUGCGUGCCCAUUCCACCAGUACAUGGAUUGCAGCUAACCUCGGUCCAUUCAUUGCAGCUCGUCUUUGCAGCUAUAGCCAAAAUCACCUAUGAGCUCCUGAUCAAUCCCCUCCGCAAAUACCCCGGGCCAAAGCUAGCCUCCGUCACCCGCGCGCCGUACAUCUACCAUACAAUCAAGGGCGACCUUGUGCAAUGGAUCCACAAUUUACACACAGUAUACGGGGACGUAGUCCGCACCGCCCCCGACGAGCUGAGCUACGCCACCGGCGAUGCCUGGAAAGGCAUCUACGGACACGCCAGUGCCGGAAAGAAGGCGACUGAAAAAGACAUGCGCUUCUACGGGCCGUCGUUCAACGACACGCCAGACAUCAUCCGCGCCUCCGGGCCCGACCACGCCCGUUUCCGACGCAACUUCUCCAACGCGUUCUCGGACAGAGCGCUGCGCGAGCAGCAGAGCCUGAUCUGUCGGUACGUGGACAUGCUGAUCGAGAAGAUCAAGGUCGAAAUUGAGAUCGAUCCCUUAGCGAAGGUUGAGAUGGUGCGCUUGUACAAUCUGACCACCUUCGACAUCAUGGGCGACUUGACCUUUGGCGACCCGCUGGAUCUGCUCAAAGGCACCGGUAACACUGGGUGGGUGUCGUCUGUGUUCUCGAGCGUCAAGCGAGGCGCUUUUCGGCGCGCGUCGCGGUACUACCCCUGGGCGGCGCUGCUGGUCAAGCUCUCCGUCCCCAGGUCGGUGAUAGAGAAAGCCGCGAAUCAUUUCCGGGCUUGCGUUGAAAGGGUCGAUUGGCGCGUCAACCAGAAGCUGGAUAAGCCCGAUAUCUGGGGUCUUGUCCUAGACCAGAAGGAGAAUCUGCGUCUGACGCGCGCGGAGAUGCAUGCCAACUCGCAGGUAUUUAUGCUUGCGGGCACCGAGACCACUGCGACGGCGUUGAGCGGUCUGACCUACCAGCUCCUCUUGAACCCGGACAAGCUGGAGCGGAUUACCAAGGAAGUCCGUGACACGUUCAAACAGGAUUCCGAUAUCGACAUCACCACCCUCGCGCAAAUGAAAUACCUCAAUGCAUGCAUCGAAGAAGGCCUGCGCAUGUAUCCGCCCGUGCCUGCGGGACUGCCUCGUCUCACGCCUCCGGAGGGGAUGGUGAUUUGCGGCGAGUAUGUCCCGGGAAAGACUGCAGUGUCUGUGGCCCAGUGGGCUACUUACCGCAAUCCGAAGAACUUCAAGCGAGCGGAUGAAUUCCUCCCGGAGCGCUGGACGGAUCCCAGCUUUUCUACAGAUGACAAGUCUGCCUUCCAGCCGUUCUCGUUUGGCCCUCGUAACUGCCUUGGGAAGAAUCUUGCGUAUCACGAGAUGCGUCUGAUCCUAGCCAAGGUCCUCUACAAUUUUGAUCUGGUGGUUGCGCCAGAGUUAGUCGGAUGGGAUAAGCAGAAGUCGUUCACAAUCUGGGAAAAGAAUGACUUGAUGGUCCAGCUGAAGCCGAGAGACUAG